CCACAGGUACCUCCUUUCUGACUUUCGGUAGCAGAGAGAAACUAAAGACCUGGAAGAAAGACGCCUGCGGCUCCUUGCUCGGUAGUAACAAUGCUACGGCGAUGAGAUUGUAGCAAGACCUUCCUGUGUGGCCUCCAUGGGUCCCACUCAACUCAGCACACAGGAUCAUGGGAAGAGGGUGGCAAGUGUAUUUGAGAUGGAGGAGGAAGGGCUUUCGCUCUUCUCUGGCUCAGAGAACCCCCCUGAGCAUGCAGAAAAUCCCCCCCUGAAGCGGAAGAAGGGCCCAGCCCCUAAGAUGCUGGGAAACGAAGUGUGCAGCGUGUGUGGGGACAAGGCCUCCGGCUUCCAUUACAACGUGCUGAGCUGCGAAGGCUGCAAGGGCUUCUUCCGCCGCAGCGUCAUCAAGGGCGCGCAGUACGUCUGCAAGAAUGGCGGCAAGUGUGAGAUGGACAUGUACAUGCGUCGCAAGUGUCAGGAGUGCCGGCUGCGCAAGUGCCAGGAGGCGGGCAUGCGUGAGCAGU